AUCGCAUCUCUUCUCUCUCUCUCUCUAUUAGGGUUCCUUCGCACUUAAGUUUCAUCCCUGUGUGCUCUCUGCUGCAACCUUAUGCUUUGCUUUAUACUCGAUGGGCUAUUUCGGUUGAUAUUUGCUCUCUCCCGAAAACUGCAGUUGAUUAGAAAAUGUCAGAAGAGGUAGAGUAUCGCUGCUUCAUUGGUGGCCUUUCCUGGUCAACGUCUGACCGUGGCCUUAGGGAUGCCUUUGAAAAGUUUGGCCACCUUCUUGAGGCCAAGGUGGUUGUUGACAAGUUUUCUGGGCGCUCCCGUGGUUUUGGGUUUGUCACAUUUGAUGAGAAAAAAGCUAUGGAUGAAGCCAUUGCAGCGAUGAACGGCAUGGAUUUAGAUGGCCGAAGUAUAACUGUUGACAGAGCCCAGCCACACCAGGGAGGGUCAGGCAGGGAUCAUGAUGGUCGCGACCGCGACCGCGACCGCGACCGCGACCGCGACCGCGACCGCGACCGCGACCGUGGCCGUUCUUUUGGUGGUGGGCGUGGUUCUGGUGGUGGAGGAGAGUGCUUUAAAUGUGGAAAGCCAGGACAUUUCGCAAGGGAGUGUCCUUCUGAAGCAAGUAGAAGUGGGGAAAGAUAUGGUGCAAGGGAUGACAGACAUGGUCGUUAUGGUCCUGAUCGUAGUGGAGACCGUUCUGGGGGGCGUAACAAAGACGGUGGCAAUCGUGGAGGUCCUGGAGGUGAUAGGUACAAUCGUGGCCCAUACGAGCGUCCCAGAACCGGUGGAUAAUCAAAGCUUAUCGGUGAUGAUGAUGUAUACACUGCCUGUCCGAAGGCUCUUGCUUUUUAUCAUUUCUUUGAUUAUGAACUAGUAGAUGAUGAUGAUGAUGCUACCAUUGUAUUGUUGUUUUAAAGUAUCUGUGGCUUUGGUUUGGUGUUUCUGCUGUUUCUCGAUCAUUAUAUAUGACAGACAUCGUUAACUGGGUAGUGGAUGGUCCCAAGAUAGAGCUGUUUUUUUUUUA